GUGGAAAAUAAAGACGUAUCUUCUCAAUUUCAACAAAUGCUUUUAAAUCUUAAUAAGUCAUUGGAUAUAGAACCAUAUGACGCACACGCACUUAGAAGUCGUGGGAAAACGUACAAAGCAAUAGGCCAAUAUAAAGAAGCACUCGUCGAUUUCAAUAGAUUACUGGAAAUAGAACCGGAGGAUGUCAUUGCGUUAGAAAAUCGUGGUGAAAUUUAUAGAAUUUUGGGAAAAUUAGAUGAAGCAAUUUUAGAUUUGAACAACACUCUCAAGAAAAAUUCGAAUAAUUCUUUUGCGUUAAAAAACCGUGGAGCAGUUUACAAAAAGUUGGGCAAAUAUAAUGAUGCGCUGAUGGAUUUCAAUAGAUCAUUAGAGAUCGAGCCAAAUGACAUUUUCGCGUUAACAAAUCGUGGGGUGACUUACAGACUGCUAAAAAAAUAUAAUGAUUCACUUUUGGACUUGAAUAGAUCAUUGGAAAUUGAACCGGAUAAUGUUUUUGCGUUAAGCAAUCGCGGAGUAGUGUAUAAAAUGUUGGGUGAAUAUACCAAGGCGCUUACGGAUCUCAAUAGAUCAUUGGAAUUAAGUCCAGAUGAAGUUCUUGCGCUAGAAAAUCGCGAAAAAAUAUAUAGGAUUCUGAGAAAACCCAACGAAUCUCUUUCAGAUCUUAACAAAUUAUUAAAGUUACGACCAAACGACGCCGCGUUGUUAGCUAUUCGAGGAUCAUCCUACGGAAUAUUGAAUAAGUAUGAUGAAGCACUUUCGGACCUCGAUAAGUCAUUGGAGAUUGAACAAAAUAAUGCACUUGCUUUGAGGCAUCGUGGAAGAAUCUACAGAAUAUUAGGAAAAUUUGACGAAGCACUUUUAGAUUUAAACAAAUCAUUGGAAAUGGAACAAAAUAAUGCUCAUGCAUUGGAAAAUCGUGGAGUAACGUACGGAUUAUUGGGAAAAUACAACGAAUCACUUUUAGACCUCAGUCAAUUGUUGAAAAUAGAGCCAGAUAAUGCUUUAGGGUUACGAAUUCGUGGGAGAAUAUAUCGAGUUAUAGGUAAAUAUCAAGAAUCACUUUUAGAUCUCAAUAGAUUACUGGAAAUAGAACCGAACAAUGCAUCUACACUGAGCAAUCGUGGAAUGACCUACAAAAAGUUAGACAAGUAUAGCGAAGCACUUUUGGAUUUUAAUAGAUCAUUAGAGAUUGAGCCCAAUGACGUUUUUACAUUAACUAAUCGCGGGGUGACCUAUAGGAUGCUAAAUAAAUACAAUGAAUCGCUUUUAGAUUUAAACAAAUCAUUAGAGCUUGAACCGGAUGACGCUUUUGCAUUAAGAAAUCGUGGAGUAGUGUACAAAAUGCUAGGUGAAUAUACUAAAGCCCUUAUGGAUCUUAAUAGAUCAUUAGAGUUGAGUCCGGAUGACGUCUUUGCGUUGGAAAAUCGCGAAAAAAUAUAUAGGAUUUUGGAAAAACACAAUGAAUCUCUUUCAGAUCUUAAUAAAUUACUAGAAAUACGACCAAAUGAUGCCACUUUGUUGGCUAUUCGAGGAUCAACCUACGGAAUAUUGAGUAAGUAUGACGAAGCACUUUUAGAUCUCGAUAAGUCACUGGAGAUUGAACAGAAUAAUGCUCUUGCUUUGAGGCAUCGUGGAAGAAUCUACAGAAUAUUAGGAAAAUAUGACGAAGCACUUUUAGAUUUAAACAAAUCAUUGGAGAUGGAACAAAAUAAUACUCUUGCAUUGGAAGAUCGUGGGGCAACGUACGGAUUAUUGGGAAAAUACAACGAAUCACUUUUAGACCUCA